AUGCCUGCAAAUCGAGGAAGAAAGAAAAAAAGUUCCAAUGUCAAACGAUCAUUACAAUCAGAUCUAGCUCGAGAUGUAGAAAAUGCUCGCGGUUGGGCAGAAAUUGUCCAAAUCAUACGCGAUCAGCAUCAGAUACCCGACCUUUUCACUAAGGCCGGGCUGAAGAGAGUCUAUCUGAACUUUGAUCAAAUGUUUCAACAACUGGAUUCUACUUUCCAGAAGUAUGAAGAUAAUGACGAGAUCGUUGGGGGCGUAGUUGGCAUAUACACCCAGAUGUGUGAGGAUGCUGUUCUUCGAACCAAAUUAUGCGAGAAUGGUCUUCUCUCGCGAUUAUUUCCCUUGCUCAAAAGAGAUGUUUGCAGACAAAUGGCUCUUCAUACGCUAGUCAACAUUGGUCAUCAUGGUGGGACCAAUGUACACGCAGAGAUUGCUCGACAGGCUCCUAUUCUCGUGCAAACUCUCUUGGACCAUCCCGAGGAGCAUCAAACAGUUGAACACAUCAUCGUCAUCCUAUCGCAUUCAGUUGGCGCUGCUGUCAAUGGCGACUCCCAAGCACCUGAAAUGCCUGAGAUUCACCGUUCUUUGGAUAUGAGAAUCAUUCUGAAGACGACGAUUCAUCAUAUGCGACAGCUCUAUGCCUCAAAGACUUUGAUCGACCACGGAAAUCAACUUGUUUUCGCCUCCGCAAUGCAUUGUUCCGCUGCUUUCAGAUCCGAACCAGAUCUGGACAAAUUCCUGGUCGCUGGACUCAAGAGCAAAAACUGGGGCCUUCGUGGGUCUUGCUUGGGCGCCAUGAUACGUUCCUACAUUCUCUCUACUGUUCCAGACCGACCAGCAUUGGGACCGGCUCAGUUGAUCCAGAUUUUUGGCUCUGCGUGGCCUCCCCAUCUUCUCGAGGUGAUGAACCAAUAUGGACUUUCUCGGUGCCAAACCACUCAGCAACGCGGGCAUGCGAUGGCACUUUCAGAUGCGAUAACCGGGGCUCACAGUCGUGACCACUACAUCCUCGGUGGGAAGCUGGCCGAUCUUACUCUUCUCACAGAGUUCUCUUUGCCAGCAACGCCUAUGUUUCCUCUUAGUGAAAUCAUACCCCGCUGCGUGGAAGCGCUGCGCGCCAGAGGAACUGCUGCUGAUACAGACAAAGCCGACAUUCUCGAAAUGAAGUACUUGAUCAGAUUACAAGACUGGGAUGGAAUAAAGUCCAAGGCUCAGCAAUUCCUAGCGCGCAACCCUGAUUCCGCUUACACGUUUUAUGCACUCACCCUUCGACCAGGUAGCGAAGAUGGUCUUCGUGCGGCGAAAAAGGGUUUGAAGUGUAAGGAGAAUAAUACCACACCAUAUCUCUAUUUCCAGCUUCUUCGUCGUGCAAUCGAACUUGCAGCAGACUUGGGCGUGUGCUACUUUCAAGAGUAUGAUCAGCAUGGUAGGAUGAUGUGGGAAGAGGCUAUCGCGUUCUUAAUGAGUGCGUUGGAAGAUUCCAAGACGUUCAUCGAGCAGGCACCCCCUGAUAAUCCUUAUAUGAUGGCUAUUCUGCACUGGAACAUCGUUUUGACGAUCACAAUGGAGGGCCCGAAUGCCGAUUUGAAGAUGGUCGAGGGCGCACGAAAGAAGCUUAAGAUCUCAGAAGAAAUCAGCGAACAUCUCAGAUCUCCAAUCCUUUACACGCAAACAUAUGCAACACAGAUGCUUGUCGUAGACUUGUACGCAGAAGCCGAGAAGGACUGGGCAGCAGGAAUCAAAUUAAUGGACGAACGCCUCGAUGAACAGAUACCACCUCCGGAUUUCCCCAAGAAAGCUGAAGAUGAACUCACAGCUUGGUUGAACGACAUGAGUUUAAAGAAGUUUACUUGUUCUAGCGCUACUCCCAAAGUCAACGUCAAGGACCUUUGGUAUAAGCAAUGCUCAUGGUGUCGGAACCCGAGUGCGGUACUAAGGAAAUGUUCAGGAUGUGAAUCCGCCAGGUAUUGCGAUAGUCAAUGUCAGAAAGCACAUUGGUCGAACCAUAAGAAAGAAUGCAAAGCCCGCAUUUCCGGAUCGUAG